AUGAGCCGGACUCCUUUAUUAUCAACUCCUGAGCCUGGGGACAUCCUCACGAUGUACCUCUCCGUCUCAGCCACCGCAGUUAGCUCAGUGCUCAUCUGCCCCCACGAAGACAUUGAGAAGGUGGCCUUUGCUCUAGUGGUGUCAGCCAGACGCCUCAGACCAUACUUCCAAGCUCACACCAUCCAUGUCUUAUCCAACCAGCCAUUAAGGCAAGUACUGCAAAAGCCAGAGACUUCUGGCAGAUUGGUCAAGUGGGCUAUUGAGCUGGGUGAAUUGGAUAUCCAUUACAAACUCCGCCCAGCUACGAAGGGCCAGGCUGUUGCUGACUUCAUAUUAGAAUUCACCAAACCCCAAGCAUUGGCCGUUCCCUAG